GUUCUUAAUUUUCAGUUCUAAUUUUUAUUAAUUCUCUUUUUCUCAAUCAAUUCUAACUACUAUUCACUGUGAGAACUUUUUAAUUAACUAUGGUAGCGAUCACUGAAUCAUGGCAACCACCAUUUGUGGAGUUUGAAACCAAUCAUGGUAAGUUUAUCGUUGAAUUGUACUGGUUACAUGCACCAAGGACUUGUCAUAAUUUCGCUGAGCUUUCCCGUCGUGGUUAUUAUGAUGGUACAAUUUUCCAUCGGGUUAUCACCGAUUUCAUGAUCCAAGGAGGUGAUCCAACGGGAACAGGUCGAGGUGGUUCAUCAGUUUAUGGUAAAAAUUUUGACGAUGAGAUUCACGGGGAUCUUAAACACACCGGAGCCGGUAUACUAUCGAUGGCCAAUUCAGGUGCAAACACCAAUGGGUCACAAUUUUUCAUCACAUUGGCACAAACAUCCUGGUUGGACGGUAAACAUGCCAUUUUUGGUCGGAUUCAUAAGGGAAUUGGUACAAUUAAAAAAAUAGGACGAGUACAAACCGAUAAAAACGAUAAACCAGUUGAUGAGAUCAAGAUAAUCAGAGCAAAACCAUUGAUGGAACUUGAAGAAUAACAAAAUAAUACUAAUGACAACAACAACUUCCAACUUCCAUUAAUCAUUCACAAUUAUCUCGACAAUCGUAAAAUAUUUAUUCCAAAACGAAAUCAGUAAAUUAACCUUGGAAAAGAAAAAAUAUUCUCAUAAUUAAAACUCUUUUACAAGGUUAACCAAA